AUGCAAAAUUUGCAGGACGAGGAUUAUGAUUAUCUCUAUAAAAUAGUGCUUGUUGGAGAAGCAGGAGUAGGUAAGACACAUUUGCUUUCACGAUACAUAAAGGGAACCCUUCCAAAGAACCCAACAUCUACUAUUGGUGUAGAAUUCGCGACUCGCACUGUUCCGUUGCUUUCCGGAGGCACUGUUAGAGCUCAAAUAUGAGACACAGCUGGCCAAGAAAGAUACAAAUCAAUUACCAGUGCCCAUUACAGAAGAGCAGUAGGAGCAUUACUUGUGUAUGACGUUACCAAUGAAAGAUCUUUUGUUAACUUGAAAAAAUGACUUGCUGAUCUCAAAGAAAAUGCUGAGCCAAAUAUCGUGAUUAUGCUUGUUGGGAAUAAAAUUGACCUUGGAUCAAAUGAUCCUACAGCCAAAAAGGUACCUUCUGAUUUGGCUCAGAAGUUUGCGAAAGAUCAUGGGAUGCUGUUUGAGGAAACAAGUGCGGUCACAACGACUAGAGUUAGAGAAGCCUUUGAGAAUUUGUUGCAAGGUAAAAAAUAAAUAGAAAUCUAUAUCGUCAAAUCACGGUCUAACAAAGGAGCUAGACAAAAUGAAAGCCAAGGGAACGUGCUAAUUCCGAAGUUUGAGAAAAGAUCAGGAUGUUGUAAUUAA